UAGACUUGGUAGUGCAAGCCGACGCCGUAGCAGACGAUACCAUGAGGAAAGAUUCAAUCGUCAUCGUUGCCGACGACCCUUCGAAAGUUACAGACGAGUUGCUUCCGAAGGAUGUCAAUGAGGUAAACGUGGUUGCGGACAACAGAAUGACAUCAAAUAAAAAAGUUUUCAUCUAUGCGGCAGGAAUUUUCGUCUGCUACUUUUAUUUCGGAAUUUUGCAAGAGAAAAUAACACGGAGCACAUAUGGAGAAAGUGACAAAUUUACUUACACAUCAACUUUGGUGUUUGUCCAAUGUGUUGUCAAUGCCUUAUUUGCUAAAAUCAUGUUACAUACAUUCAUGCGUCAGGGUGAGGAUCCGACGCGGCAGCUUUAUUAUGCCAUCUGUGGCUUAUCCUACCUCGGUGCAAUGGUCUCAUCUAACAUGGCAUUGCAACAUGUUAACUACCCGACUCAGGUUGUGGGGAAAUCUUGCAAGCCUAUCCCUGUAAUGAUCCUAGGUGUAUUGAUAGGAAAGAAAAGGUAUCCUUUUGCUAAAUACUGCUAUGUGUUCAUGAUCGUUGUAGGAGUGUGUCUCUUUAUGUAUAAAGAUAAACCAGCUGUCUCUGAAGUGGAUGAUGAUUCUCCACUUCUAGGCAUGGGAGAGAUUCUUUUGCUGAUCUCUUUGACCUUAGAUGGUAUCACAGGGGCCAUUCAAGAUCGAAUGAGGGCUGAAUAUCAAUCCAAAUCUGGACACAUGAUGUACAACAUCAAUCUCUGGUCUACACUUGUGUUGGGAAUAGUUGUAUUUGUUACGGGAGAGAUCUGGGGCUUUCUGAUGUUUGUAGAGAAGUACCCUUAUGUCAUGUACAACAUGCUAGGGUUCUCAAUAAUGAGUGCUCUAGGGCAGGUAUUUAUCUACCUUGUGGUUAGUGAAUUUGGACCUCUUCUCUGUUCCAUCAUCACAACCACACGUAAAUUCUUCACGGUCCUUGGUUCUGUUUUCCUCUUUGGAAAUACAUUGAUACCUAGGCAGUGGCUAGGCACAGCACUUGUCUUCACAGGUUUAACACUGGACGGUGUUUAUGGAAAACAAAAUCCAUCAAAGAAGAAGUAGUCUUUCUACAUAUUAGGAAACUUAAUUUAAUUGUGAAGGGAAUGUUUUUAUGAAUCUUUACCCCAAAAAAGGAAACAAAGCUCAAAAGAAGAAGAAAAAAAGGUUUCUUGUGAUAACCUCUUGUUGUGCCUGAUAUAAUUGAGCAAAGGAUUGAUCAAAUCUCAAAAUAGUGACAGUGAUUGUUUUUGCAUCCCAAAGACCUCCGCACAAGGAAAAGCAAGAUAAAAAGAUCCUUUCUUUUGCCGCAUUUUGUAGAUGAAGAUCUCUUGUGCAUCGUCAUAAUUUAAUACUGUCUCAGUUUUUAAUUUUGACGUUUAUAUUCUCUACCUGAAGUUUUUGUUAUAUAUUUAUUUAUUGAAAGAUAACUUGUAAAUAUCAUUAUAAUAAAUUGUUUGGAGUAUUUUUUGUUGA